AUGGCAGAUGCAGAAGUUAGUGGACAGGCCACGUCGCCCUCGAAUCAACCUAGCGCAGGAGCCGGAAGUACAUCGGCCUCCUCAUUGAAAAAGGAAAAAUCUUCGAAAGCUAAGAAUCCCAGGUCAAAACCUACCCAUCCCCCGACAUCGGAGAUGGUAACCAACGCUAUUAAAGGAUUGAAAGAGAGAGGAUGUUCUUCUUUACAAGCCAUCAAGAAGUACAUAGCUGCUAAUUAUAAAGUGGACGCGGAAAAGGUAGCACCGUUUAUUAAAAAGUAUUUGAAAUCGGCAGUAAUAUCCGGAACCUUAGUCCAGACAAAAGGUAAAGGUGCGUCCGGUUCUUUCAAACUGGCAGCUUCAAGUUCGUCGGCCCAAUCUAAACAAUCAUCGAGCGGCGGAGCUACAUCGUCAGCCGCAGGAGAUAGAAAGAAGGGUGUCGGAGCUAAAGCCAAGAAAGGCGCCGCAAAGAAAUCAGCAGCUACCGAAAAGAAGGCGCCGAAAAAAGCUACCGGAUCUCCAAAGGCUAAAAAAGCGGCAGCCGUUUCGUCGGAGAAAAAAGUAGCCGGAAAGAAAGCAGCCGAAAAGAAGAAAGCCGCCUCUGGUGGAGCAGCGACUGCCGCCUCUGCUAAACCCAAAUCUCCCUCUAAGGCGAAAAAGUCCAACAAAACUGGACCGACAAAAACCUAA